GGUAUUUGGUGUUCUUGAAUUAACAGGAGGAACGCAAUAGAUUUUAGCCUGUUGCUCACACCAUUUCGUGCAGUCCACACUAUCUGUUCGACUGAAUGCCCCUGAGUCCACCAAGAAGACCAACCUACGAUGGGCAGAUCCGGCAGCAAGAGCGCGAAAGCACUGGACUUUGGAGACAGGAUCAGCGGCCUCCCCGACGAGCUGCUCCACCACGUCAUGUCUUUCUUGCCGGCGAGGGACGCCGUGCGCACCUGCGUCCUGUCGCCGAGGUGGCGCUACCUCUGGGCGUCCGCACGGCACCUCAACGUCGACACCGAGGGCUUCACCACCCAGAGAACAUUCAAGAAGAUUGUGACCGCCUUGCUUCUCAGCCGUGGUUACACACCUCUGGAUUCGUUCUGCCUGGACGCUGACGUUCCUGGCUUCUAUCUUGAGAAUUUCCGUGACACUGCCUACCUGUGGAUCUGCCAUGCACUUAGGAGUAAUGUUCACACACUAAGCAUUACGGAUCACGACCGGAAUGAUGCAUUUAUAGAAUUCCAAGACUUUGAAGACGAUCCUGAUGCCUUCCAGAUUGACCACUGCCCCUUCACGUCAUCUUACCUGAAAAGAUUGCAUCUUUGUGGUGUUUUCAUUCUCGAAUGCUUUCUUAAGAAACUCUUUUCUGGCUGCCCAGCAUUGGAAGACCUAGAUAUCAUAAACUGUGUGAUCCAUGACACCGAAUUUUCCUCUGCCACAUUGAAGAAUCUGAGCAUUGACUUUGAUAGUUUCCCAUCCUGUGAAAUGUAUGGCUUCAAAAACAUUGUGAUAAACAUGCCUAGUCUUGUCUCACUGCACAUUGGAGCAUUUCUUGGUGCUUUGCCGUCUCUUGUGAAUGUGCAGUCACUGAGAACAGCCUCAAUUUGCUUGGAUGAUCAGGGGGCUACGUUUGCUGAUGGCUGCAACAUUCUUGGUGCUCUUUCAAACGUGAAGAACUUGGAGUUGCUGUUUCUAUAUGGCGUGUGAUUGGUGUUUACAUGACAACUGCAAAGCACUGCUGUAUAUGCUCGAGCAUUCACCUAAUCUAGAGGAACUUAC